GUACAACUUCUAGUUUGUUUCGCUCUUGGCAGAGCGGUCGUGGUCACGUUGAGGCGGCCGUAUUUGUAUUGGAGGUGGAUGCUGCUUUCCUCACGAUCUCCCGCCAUCUCUCCCUGUUUAAGUACUAACACCAACGGUCUUACUAAUAAACAUUUAUACACGCUGUAUACACGCGUUAUAACUUUUCAUUACUAAUAAUCAAUGUAUAGGGGUUGUCAUCUUAUACACCCGUUAUAACAGUUGUAUAAGUGUAUGUCAUUUUACACAAUCCUUAUUCAGUCGUAUCAGCUUGUUUAACGUGUGAAUAACCUAUAAAUUUCUGAUUGUCACGUCUCAUCUCGUGACGUAUUUUCUUUCAUUUAAUGGUUUUUAUCACGGAAUAGAAAAUAUUAUGGAUUAUUUGCAUUAUUUUGAUUAUCUGCGUCAUUUUGAUACUCUUGAGAUGGAAGAUGAGGAACCACCUCGAAAGAAAAAAGUUUAUAAGACACGGUUUGAUCCCUUUUCUUUGGAAGAAGAUGAAUUUAGAAGUAAAUAUAGAUUUACUAAGAAGUAUGUCAAAUAUGUGGUGGAUUUGAUCCGCGAAGACAUAAAACAAACGAAGAAGGGUGGCGGCAUCUCUGUGGAACUUCAAGUUUGUACAGCUCUCAGGGUAUGGGCGCGGCAAGAAGUUCAAGACGAUGCAGCUGACAUUCAUGGCAUGAGUCAACAAUCGAUCACUGUUGUUUGUCGCCGCGUUGCCGUCGCUCUAGCAAAAAGAGCAGCGCAAUUCAUUUAUAUGCCACGAACACUUGAGGAAGAGGAAGUAGUGAUGGCUGGAUUCCGCAGUAUUUGUGGGUUUAGACAUGUGGUAGGUGCAAUUGAUUGUACUCACAUAAAAAUAAAAAAAGUUGGCGGUGACAAUGCACAAUAUUACAUUAAUAGGAAGGGAGUAUCCUCCAUUAACGUUCAAGUUGUCUGUGACUCUAAAUUGCAAAUUAGAGAUAUUGUAGCACACUGGAGAGGUAGCACACAUGACUCUCGAAUAUUUAGAGAAUCUCGUAUUCGACAAAGGUUCGAAAAUGGAGAAUUCCAUGGUCGUUUACUCGGAGAUGCAGGUUAUGGGCUAACUAAUUAUUUAUUUACACCUGUCCAAAAUCCUAACAAUAUAAAGGAAGAAAGCUACAACAAAGCCCAUAUCCUUACCAGGAACCCUAUAGAGAGGUGCUUCGGAGUAUGGAAGCAGAGGUUCCGGUGUUUAUUGCAUGGAUUUAGUGUUUCCUUGGAGAAUGCAAAAACUUAUUUAGUUGCACUUGCUGUACUGCACAACAUUGCGAUGAAAAUGGGUGAAAAUGCGGAAAUUGAAAUUUUUGAAACUGGUAAUCAACCACCACCACUUCAUCAAGAACAGAGACAGGCAGCUGACAAUACAACUGGACAAAUAGCAAGGCAGUUGUUUAUAAGAACUUAUUUUUAACAAGUAUUUCUAUUUUUUUCUAUUUUUUUUUUCUAUUGCUUUGACUGAAUAUUAGUUUUAUAUUGUUCGCACAUAGUUGAAGCAAUCAAACAAUGUAACCAAGAAUUGUAUUGUGAAUCUGAUUGAAAAAGAGUAACCUAUGGUGUUUCUUGCUCGUUCUUCUCUAUAGGAAUCUACACUUUGGAAAGAGCAAAUAGUUUCACUAGAGGACUGACCGACAGACAGACGUUAUUUAUAUUAUUAUAUUUGCUUUGACGUUCAAAAGUGCCUUCCUGGUCUAUUUGAAAUAAAUAACUUUGACUUUACUUAAAUAAAAGAACAAGUUUUCACUGAGAA